GGCGCUGGCGCUGGGGGCGCUGGGUGAGGGCUGGGGGGACCCGGUAUGAGGGCUGGGGGGCGGCUCGGGCAGUCGGGGCUCGCUCUAGGUAUGUGUGGGUUAAAAUUAGUUGCGUUAAGUGAAGAUGGUGGUGGUGCAGCAGAUAAGAUUCGUUUAAUACCUCAAGACUUUUUUGCAGAGCUGUGUGAACAAAUAAUUCAACAUCUGAACCAUAAGAUCCUAGGUAUAAAUACGGCUGAAUUGUGUCAGAGAAUUCAGACAUCGGGGGUUGACAUUAAUAUUUGUGACCUGGCAAAAAUAGCUAACACUCUUUCAUUUCUAUUUAGCACGGCAGCCAGAAACAACCUCUCUACAGAAGAACUCAUCACCACCUUGGGCAGUGGCAUCAGCACACUGCCAAAACAUGCACUUCAAGUUAUUCGUCACGUGUGGAACGAGCAGGGCAAAGCCAUUGCUGUGUCAGAAGAUGCAGGAAAUGUGGCCACAGUGGGGCAGUUUGUAGAUAUGAAGUGGAAACUGGGAGUUGCGAUGAGCUCUGACACCUGCAGGUCUCUGAAGUACCCCUAUGUCACAGUGACAUUAACGGUGGCGGACCCUUCAGGACAAAUAACAGACAAAUCUUUUGAAAUGACGAUCCCACAGUUCAAGAACUUCUUCAGACAGUUCAAGGAAAUGGCAGCUGUUCUUGAAACAGUUUGAAGGGAACUUUUAUUUCCAGUGACGUGUUGGAGGAACAUCAAGUGAACUUUAUGUUCUUCACAGGGAAUAAAGGGCCAUUGUUCAGCAGGGUAUGUAUCCUUGUCUCCUUGACAGGAAUUGGUCAGCAUCACCAUUGCAUUGCUGUGAAGAUUUCCUCGCUUUUGAUUACUUGAAGUCAGCUCUGCAGUGUUUGUGAAAAUGUGUCCAGCUGUGCUUUUCCUGGUAGACAGAAGAUCAGGAUGCAUAUGGAGAAGCAUCUCUGUAGGCUUCCUAAUACCCAUGAGUAAGAAACUACCCACUAAACUCAGAAAGACACCUGAAAAUGUUGACUGGGAAGAUACUGAGAGAAGUGUAUAUCCCAUGUUAAUAUUUUUGUCUGUAAAAUUAGGAUGGGCUUGGACUCAACAGUAGUAUUACAUAUAAGGAGAAUAUGAAGUUACACGUAACAAGCAUACAGCUACUCCUGAAGAAUAGCAUUGUCAGGUAAUUGAUUGCAGCUAUUUGCAGAUCUGGCUUCCAGUCUUUUAAUAACCGGAGAAUGUACUUGUCCUAACAGCUUGCUUAUUUCAAAUAUUUAUUUCUCCCACCUACUCUUAUAAAGACUGAAUUAAUGCUUUAAGUUUUUUCCAGGGACCCAAAAUUCUCUCAAAUGAAGCCCAGAGGCUAAUUUUACAUAAAGGUAGAAAGGCAAAUUAAUUCAGAAGUAUUUUAAUGGGUUUCUUCUUUUUCAUCAUCCAUUGUUAAUCUGUAGCAUUCUGCUUGAUGUUUGGUCAGUAGUCUUCUUUUAAUUAAAUUAAAAUAUUGAUGUAGUUACCUCACUUCAACCUCUGAACUAGAAAAGUCAAGAGGAAACUUGAAAAUUCAGGUUGGAGAGGUAGCAGAGCACAUCAGAGAAGGGACCACACUAGAAGGUUUCUUUGCAUGUUGCAUUGUAACAGGCAGCCACUGCACUGUGUUCUGCACCCUGGCCCUAAGAAGGUGUCUUAACCAACAAAAUUUUGACUUUUAUGUUGAAGAAUAGGGGCAUUUCUAAAGGAGAGUGAUAAAUCCAAUGUGCCUGCAUGCUCUCCUCUUAAUUUUUUUUCCUUGAAUUUUCCGUAAAACAGAACACACUGCAAAUAUUGUGAGAUGUAAUAAAAGCAAUACUGUUGCAUCUCCAGAUGUGCUGGUGGUGUAGUAGAUCUGAAGAGAGAUAAUUCACACUGAUAAGCAGAUUGAAGUUUCUACUUCAAUUUCAAGCUGCUGGAGACUUAGUACCAGCUUUGCUGGCACAAAUCCUUGAAUGAUUUCAGGCCCACUUAAAAUGCAAACAUCUACUCUACCUUUCUAACUCAAGUCUGGUUUUUAAAUUAACAUUUUUAAGAGCUGGCUGAAAGUCACUGAUGCACGUUAUGUCUGCCUUUUUGUGCUAUGAAAAUAAACUGCAGCACAUUGUGCACAUGCUACAAUCCUUUCAGGAAUGCCCCUAUUUUAGGCAUUAUGCAUGAUGUGUAAAAACAGUACUUGGAAUUGAUUAGAAGUCCAAACAAGUGGAAGAGCUUUGGCUUUGACAAAAGUUUUUGGCCAUGACCAUGGAUCCGGAUGACACUUUCUUUAUGCUGGUUGAAGUCUGAGGUGUCUGCCUUGUGGACUGGGGAGAGCAGAUUAGACUUUUCCGGGACUCUCAUGGUGUACUGUCACCAAAUGCUCAUGAGAGCACACUUCCCGUUUGCCUCUUCCCUUGUUUGUCUGCAAGGGCUCAGGGCUGAACAUAGAGCAAACAAAUGUAUAUGGAAAAGUGAUGUGAGCAGCUGAUUUUUUUGGUUUUUUUUUUUCAGUUCACGGAAGUUGGAGUGUAAGGUUGUUAUAACUGGAAAACAUUGUCAUGCUUUGGCCUAGUGAAUUAAUUGUUUUACAUCAAUGCAAGAGUUCCAGAAAAAAAUAAGGUUGUCUUUUUUUUUUUAGUAAAGCUGGAGCCUUACAAAUAAUUUCCUAUGUGUUCUGAUGCACAUAAAUUCUUCAUACAGCUGGAAAUACUUGUGCCUUAUUGGAACUGAAAAGACGAUUUAAUUAAUAAUGUCUUAACAAUUCAGUAGAUCUUAGGAGUUUCCUUGUUACUUUCUAUUAGCAUUUUUGCUCCAUCAGCAAGAGGAGAAAGUUGUCAGCCUUUCUGAAGGCUUUUAUUUUGUCAAGUCAGAUAGUCUAGAAGUAUUGAUGAAUAUAUUUUUUAAAUGUCCCUGAACCUCCAGCAUGUUGUAAUUCUGGCUGGAAGAUACUUGGACAUGAAUACUAUACCAAUUUACAGUCUUGAGAAUUUUCAGAGGAGUUGUGAUUUAAAGUUGGCUAUGUACCCAAACUUUCGAAAUGUGUCCUCAUCACUAUCAGGAGGAAUUCCUCUCCUGAGUACUGGAGGAAUGAAGUAUUUUAUUAAAAGGAAACCAAACAAAAAACAUAACAGUUUUAAGGGUAGCAAUACUCAUAUGUCUAAACAAGCUAGUGAUUUGUUUGUCUAUAUGUGCAAAAACCAGAUCUUUGCAAAGAGAAUCAGGAGUCCUUGUGUGUUCCUAAUUCUAAUUGUUGAUUAAUAGAAAUUGUAUAACAUGAGUAUUUUUGUAAGUCCACAGACAGUCAUUAAACAUGUAGGUAAUAAA